AUGUCCUCGCCCGAUCCAAGAGGCCUCCAAUUCACGCACCUGAACGCCCAGCGGCGGGCUUCUGUGGUCUAUGGAUCCGUCGGCAAACAGGGCCUUUUUGUGCCGAGCGACUUCAUCUCGCCGGGUCACGUGGCUCCGGAUCCAGAGGCCCCCUUUGACGCUGCGUCCGCCGACGAGAGCACGUCCUUGCUAGCUGCCGACGAAGGCGCGUUCUACCGCCGCAAACUGGCCGUUCUGGCCGAGCUUAUCGAGCAGGAACGCGAGCUUUUGCAGGCCAGCAAUCUCCCCACCGGCAGCGACGACGCGGCGGUGGCCGCCAACUUCGAGGAGGCCGUUUUCGCGCACAAAAUCCACGAAACGACCAAGUAUUUGGAGAUGGUGCUGCUCGUGCGGCUGUCGGUGCCGUUGAUCGUCACGUUUCUCUUGCAGAACUCGCUCUCGACCGUGUCUGUGUUCAGUGUGGGCCACCUAGGCGCCGUGGAGCUCGCCGCGGUGUCGAUGGGGUCCAUGACCGCCAAUAUCACGGGCUACGCCACGAUCCAGGGAAUCGCCACGGCCUUGGACACGCUCUGCCCGCAGGCGUUCGGUGCACAGAAGUACCACAUGGUGGGCGACUACAUGCAGAAGUGCAUAGCGUUGAUCUGCGUGGUCAUGCUCCCGAUGGUCGUGGUGUGGACGUUUUUCGGCUACGAGUUGAUUGUGCUUUUGCUUCCGGACAAGAAGACCGCGCGCUUGGCCGCAGACUAUUUGUUCUACAUCGGGCCGGGUAUGCCGGCGUACGUGAUGUUCGAGUGCGGCAAGCGCUUCUUGCAGGCGCAAGGCGUGUAUCACGUGUCCACGUAUGUGUUGUUGUUUGCUGCGCCCACGAACCUCGUCAUGAACUUGCUUUUCGUCAAGCACUUCGGCUACUUGGGCGCGCCCAUCGCGGUGGCCAUCAACUACUGGCUCAUGUUCGCGGGCUUGCUUGUGAUGACGGUGUUCUUCGUGUCCGCCGAGCAAACGCCGCAGAUAAUCCACCCGUUGCAGUGCUGGAACGGCUUCAGCUUCCAGAAAGCGUUUCUGGGCUGGAGCAAGUUGAUCUACUUGGCGGUGCCCGGCUGGAUCAUGCUCGAGGCCGAGUUCUUGGCCUUUGAGAUCUUGACCUUGAUGGCCUCGUACAUCGGCACCUUGGAGUUGGCCGCGCAGUCCGUGGGCUCCACCAUGGCCUCCUUGACGUACCAGGUUCCGUUUGCCAUUGGCAUUGCGUCGUCCACGCGGAUCGCCAACUACUUGGGCGCAGGCUUGGGCAGCUCGGCCCGAACGACCACGGUGGUGGCGUUGAUGUUCGGGCUCUUCGUGUCCGUACUCAAUUUCCUUGCCUUGUGCAUCUUCCAAACGCAGAUUGCUGCGUUGUUCACCAACGACGAGAACGUCAUCGCCAUCAUCCACCAGAUCAUGUGGCUCGUGGCGCUCAUGCAGAUCUCGGACGCCAUGAACGCGAACUCCGCGGGCUGUUUGCGCGGCCAGGGCCAGACCAAGAUCGGCGGCAUAGUCAACUUGGUCUCCUACUACCUCGUGGGCAUCCCGUUGUCGGUGUACUUGUCGUUUUACUCGCCUUGGAAGGGCUCGCUCCACGGCUUGUGGAUCGGCACCACCGUGGCCUUGACCAUCAUCGGCAGCGUCCAGAGCUACUACGCGUUGUUUGCUGAUUUCGGCCAGUUGUGCGAGGACGCCCGGCUCCGCACGCUGGAGGUGCCCUUCCACUGA